AUUAAAGGCAAGUUUAAAAAUUGAUUCCAAGCCUCCAGUCAAUCUCUUCUCAAGUUUCCAGAGAGCACGAAGCCACCUUAACCAGCUGCAACAUGAAAGAUGAAAAUAAGGCACCCAAGAAGCAGAGAAGCUCAACGAAGCCAGGAGCAAGGGUGUGACGUCAGUAACAGUGGUUCUACUGAGGCUGUUUGAAGUUUCUGACCUAAAGUAGGCCAAUGCGCUCAAGGGACAAAUUUGUCAUGGAGUAACCAGGAAGCCUUAGGAGUGAAUGUUCCAGCUUAAUGUCCCUGAGUAAAUAUCCAAACGAAGAGAGAGAAUGAAGGCAGAAACCCUGACAUGGUGAUAAGAACAUUAAAACUCAGCAUGCAGCCGAAUAUUUUUGGAUAUCCCAUCAGCAUCUGCUUCAUUGUGGUCAAUGAAUUCUGCGAAAGGUUCUCCUACUAUGGAAUGCGAGCGGUGCUGGUGCUGUACUUCCGCUAUUUUCUUCGCUGGGAUGAGGAUCUCGCCACCGCAAUUUACCACGGCUUUGUCGCUUUGUGCUUCUUAAUGCCUAUCUUUGGAGCAAUCAUUGCUGACUCCUGGCUGGGAAAAUUCAAGACUAUUAUCUACCUGUCUAUUGUGUACACCAUCGGACAAGUGGUUAUAGCCAUCAGUAGCAUUGCGGACUUAACUGAUACUACUGGUGACGGUCAACCAGACAACCUGAAUUUGCAUAUAGGUUUGUCAAUGCUCGGACUGCUGCUUAUUGCUUUGGGAACUGGUGGUAUCAAACCCUGUGUGUCUGCAUUUGGAGGAGAUCAGUUUGACGAUGAUCAGGAAAAGCAAAGGAGCAAGUUCUUCUCAAUUUUCUAUUUAUCAAUCAAUGCAGGAAGUCUAAUUUCCACAAUUAUUACUCCCAUCCUGAGAGAACAAAAAUGUGGCAGUGUUCCCCAGGCAUGUUAUCCUCUGGCCUUUGGGGUCCCAGGUGCACUGAUGGCAGUGGCUCUAAUUGUAUUUAUUGGAGGAAGUCCCUUGUACAAGAAGUCUUCUCCACAGGGCAAUAUCGUGCUUAAAGUUUGCAAGUGCAUUGCAUUUGCAAUUAAAAACAGAUUCAAACACCGAAGUAACCAGUAUCCCAAACGAGACCACUUUAUGGAUUGGGCUUCUGACAAAUAUGAUGAGCAUUUGAUUGCUCAGAUCAAGAUGGUGCUGAAAGUUCUGUUCCUGUACAUCCCUCUUCCUAUGUUCUGGGCGUUGUUUGACCAGCAGGGUUCAAGAUGGACUUUGCAAGCUGUUACAAUGAAUGGAAAUUUCGGAGGGAUUGAUAUCCAGCCUGAUCAGAUGCAGACGGUCAACCCCAUUCUGAUUCUGAUUUUGGUCCCAGUUGUUGAUACAAUCGUCUACCCCCUGAUUGCUAAGUGCAAGCUAAACUUUACGCCCCUGAGGAGGAUGACAGUCGGGAUGUUCCUAGCUGCCAUGGCCUUUGUAGCUGCUGCACUGGUGCAAGUUCAAAUCGAUAAAACUCUUCCUAAGUUUCCCGUUGGCGACCAGAGUCAAAUUAAGAUUGUAAAUGUUGGUAAGACAGCAGCCAACGUAUCCCUGGACUACCUUUCCAAGUCUUAUUUGGUGGAGCCUUCACAGGCCACUGACUACAUCACCGUCCCAGCAGCCGAUGUGAAGAGGGUUACUGUUUAUUUUAACAACAAUGGAACAAAGAUUACAACUAAUCUUGUCAACAAAACUCGCAACACCCUCCUGGUGCUGGACUCUUCAACUUAUGAUUGGCUGGAAGAUACUAACAGCAAACCAGAGGAAGGAAAAAAUGCUAUCAGAUUUACCACCACAUUACCCCAUGUUGAAAACGUCACAAUGGGUGGUGUUGAUUUUGGCAAUUUGGACCAAUUAAGAGUGACCAACUACACAUUUUUCACCGAAGGAAAGAAGACAAUUACGUUCGUCACCAAUGGAAUGAAAUGCUCAGAGACAUCAAAAGACUUUGGUUAUGGGAGCUCAUUCACAAUCGUCAUUGAUCAAGCGUGUUCCAGCACGAAUCCUAAAUUAAAUUACUUUGAAGAAAUUGAAGCAAACAGUGUUCACAUGGCAUUGCAAAUCCCUCAAUACCUUCUCAUUACAAGUGGAGAGGUGGUCUUUUCUGUCACUGGUUUGGAGUUCUCCUACUCUCAGGCACCUCCCAACAUGAAGUCAGUACUCCAAGCUGGCUGGCUCCUGACCAACGCCUUCGGAAACAUUAUUGUCUUGAUAGUAGCAGAGGCUUCGACAAUUCAGGAACAGUGGGCCGAGUACAUUUUGUUUGCUGCUCUCUUGGUGACCGUUUGCGUAAUAUUUGGCAUCAUGGCCAGGUUCUAUACGUACGUGGACCCAAUGGAAGUGGAGGCUGAGUUUGAGGAAAAGGAACGAAUCAAAAAUAAAGAGGGAGAAUUAAACGGUGUCAUAGGCACAAGUUAUCCAACAGCCCAGACGGAACUCUAAAGAUUUCUGUUCCACAACUAGACAUACCCACAUGGACUAGACCCAUGGGCUGGCACUCGCCUCAAUACGAAACUCAAGUGUGACAUUGGUUCCUUAGUUAGAAGUCCUUCACAAUGAAUAUUUUCUUCAUUGUCUAUACCAGCCGGAGUUUCAGUAUUAUUCCCAAAAGUUGAAGAAGAGCCCAAGUAAACACAUUUGAAACUGAAAUACUCAUUUUCAUUGUCUCUUCAUAACUUGAAGCUCAUAUCUGCCCCCUGGUGUUGAUUGAUGUCCUAAAGUGUCCACUUUAGGUUUGACAUGUUUAUAUAUGUUGAUGUAUUAGUUUUAAUUCUGGUUAUAUAUUUAUAUGAAAUAUUGCAAUACUUCAAGGAUGUAUUUGUUCUUAAUUCUGUACAUUAUUGCAAAUUCAGACAAAGCAACAAGAAGGUGAAAGCCCACCUCUUCCCCAUCUAAAACAGCUUUAAUACUCUGGAAUCCUGCUAGUGUUUAACAGUGCCCACCAAGGUAACUUGGUUUGAUCAGCAAAACCCUUUCCAAAACAGCCUGACUGCUUCAAGGAGGAUUGUGCUUAAGUUUCAUACAUGUUGAAGAAGGUAUAAAAACAGAUAUUAAAGUUGAUAACUCUU